AUGGCAAAUUUGGGAUUGUUUACUGGGACCAAGACAGUGAAGUCAGUGAAUGUGAGUUUUAGAUUACCAUAUUAUACUCACUGGGGUCAGAACCUAAUUGUGUGUGGAUCUGAACCAGUCCUGGGUUCAUGGGAUGUGAAGAAAGGCUUGUUAUUGAGCCCUGUGCAUCAAGGUGAGGAGCUCAUAUGGCGUGGAAGUGUUGCAGUACCUACUGAAUUCAGUUGUGAGUAUAGUUAUUAUGUGGUGGAUGAUGAGAGGCGUGUGUUGAGGUGGGAGAUGGGAAAGAAGCGUAAAUUGGUACUGCCUGAGGGGAUAAAUGGUGGAGAGAAUGUGGAGAUUCAUGAUCUUUGGCAGACUGGUGGUGAUGCCAUACCUUUCAGAAGUGCCUUCAAAGAUGUCAUCUUUCGCCGAAGUUGUAGUUUGAAAGUAGAGAGACCCCUUGGAAUUCAGAAUAAACUGGAUAUGGAAGAUGCAGUCCUUGUCCAUUUCAAAAUUUGCUGCCCGGACGUAGAAGAAGAGACAUCAGUAUACGUAAUUGGCAGCACCGCAAAGUUAGGGCAGUGGAAAGCUCAGGAUGGGCUUAAACUUGACUAUGCUGGUGAUUUAGUUUGGCAAGGAGAUGUUGUGAUGCAAAAGGGUGAUUUUCCAAUGAAAUAUCCUUUUGAAUACUCUAAAUACGGAAAGGCAGGAAACUUUUCUUUGGAAACUGGUGCACAUCGCGAACUUUCUAUUGACUCUUCUAGAGUUCAGCCAAGAUAUAUUUUCCUUUCAGAUGGGAUGAUGCGAGAAAUGCCUUGGAGAGGUGCUGGUGUUGCAAUACCAAUGUUUUCUGUCAGAUCAGAAGCUGAUCUUGGGGUUGGUGAGUUUCUUGACUUGAAGCUUCUUGUUGAUUGGGCUGUAGAGUCAGGGUUCCAUUUAGUCCAGCUUCUACCAAUCAAUGACACGUCUGUUCAUGGCAUGUGGUGGGAUUCAUAUCCGUACAGCUCACUGUCUGUGUUUGCAUUGCAUCCACUAUACCUGAGAGUAGAGGCACUUUCAGAAAAUCUACCAGAGAAUGUCAAGAAAGAAAUUCAGGAAGCUAGAGAGCAACUGGAUGGAAAGGAUGUUGAUUAUGAGGCCACGCUGGCUACUAAACUUUCAAUCGCCAAGAAAGUGUUUGAACAAGAGAAGGAUUUGAUACUCAACUCUAGUUCCUUUCAGAAAUAUUUCUCUGAGAAUGAGGAAUGGUUAAAGCCCUAUGCGGCCUUUUGUUUUUUGCGGGACUUUUUUGAAACAUCAGAUCACAGCCAAUGGGGUCGUUUUUCCUGUUUUUCAGAAAAAAAGCUUGAGAAACUUGUCUCGAAAGACAGCUUGCACUAUGACUUAAUUCGCUUCCACUAUUAUAUCCAAUUUCAUUUACAUUUACAGUUGUCAGAAGCUGCGGAAUAUGCAAGAAAGAAAGGAGUAAUAUUGAAAGGAGAUCUACCUAUUGGUGUAGACAGAAACAGUGUGGAUACCUGGGUUUAUCCAAAUUUGUUCCGCAUGAAUACCUCUACUGGAGCACCUCCAGAUUACUUUGAUAAAAAUGGGCAGAAUUGGGGCUUUCCAACUUAUAACUGGGAGGAAAUGUCAAAAGACAACUAUGCUUGGUGGCGUGCACGUCUAACACAGAUGGCAAAAUACUUUACUGCGUACAGGAUUGAUCAUGUUUUGGGUUUCUUUAGGAUCUGGGAGCUUCCAGAACAUGCUGUGACAGGUCUGAUUGGAAAAUUCCGACCGUCUAUCCCUCUAAGUAAGGAAGAACUUGAAAGAGAAGGAAUUUGGGACUUUGAUCGCUUGAGCCUCCCAUAUAUACGGCAGGAAUUUGUACAGGAAAAAUUUGGAGCUUCUUGGACCUUUAUUGUGUCAAAUUUUCUGAACGAUUAUCAGAAUGGCCACUAUAAGUUCAAGGAGGAUUGUAACACGGAGAAAAAGAUUGCUUCCAAGUUGAAGAUGCUUGCAGAAAAGUCCAUGUUAUUGGAGAGUGAGGACAAGAUACGCUGUGACCUGUUUGAUCUUCUGAAGAAUAUCGUUCUUAUUAGAGAUCCUGAGGAUGCAAGCAAAUUCUAUCCUCGUUUCAAUCUUGAGGAUACUUCAAGUUUUCAGGAUUUGGAUGACCAUAGCAAAAAUGUUCUCAAAAGAUUGUACUAUGAUUACUAUUUCCAUCGACAAGAAAAUCUAUGGAGGCAAAAUGCUUUGAAGACUUUGCCUGCUCUCCUGAACUCAUCAGAUAUGCUAGCCUGUGGGGAGGAUCUGGGUCUCAUUCCUGCUUGUGUUCACCCUGUCAUGCAAGAACUAGGAUUGAUAGGUUUACGCAUUCAACGUAUGCCCAGUGAACCUGACGUGGAGUUUGGUAUUCCUUCGCAAUACAGCUACAUGACAGUGUGUGCUCCAUCAUGUCAUGACUGCUCGACCUUGCGUGCUUGGUGGGAGGAAGAUGAAGACAGAAGAUGCCGAUAUUUCAAGAAUGUGGUGGGGUCUGAUGCAAUCCCGCCUAAUCGAUGUGUUCCAGAUAUAGCACAUUUUGUCAUAAGGCAACAUGUUGAAGCUCCAUCAAUGUGGGCAAUCUUCCCUCUUCAGGAUUUGUUAGCAUUAAAAGAAGAGUACACAGCACGUCCUGCAACAGAGGAGACAAUCAAUGACCCAACAAAUCCAAAGCAUUAUUGGAGAUACCGUGUACAUGUAACGUUAGAGUCUCUGACAAAGGAUAAAGAACUCAUAGCAACCAUCAAAGGUCUUGUUCGUGGGAGCGGACGCUCACAUCCUCCUGUUCAAGAAACCGAUGAGCAAGGGAAUCAAGAAACGAUAGUAAUGAUUCCAGGCAAGCAUCAAGUUGCCGAAGGCAAGGAAAAGAUUUCCAUUGGAAAGGAACUAGAUGGGGUUCCAAGAAAGGAGACUUAUGUCUUGUGA